CAUUCAAAGUUAUGUCUUCAAAAAUAUGUUUAAGGGAUUUUACUCCCAACAUUUUGGAGUAUUAAUACAAAAUUAAGAAUAGUAUUUACAUCCUAUUCACAACCUUUUUUUUUGUCCAGUGGAAAUCCUCAUGGACAUCCUUCGCCCUGGAGAAGGCGAAGGGGUGUGCCGGACUCUUACCGGCUAAAACCACUGGAAUGCAGUCUACCGCGAACCCCGACAUGGAGCUCCUAAAAGAGCUGCAUCAUCGUUGAGAGGAAGAGUAGUGUCGAUCCUAUUCACAACCUAGCCUAACAAAGAUGCGUGUUAUUCUUUCGGACGACAGAUUAUACACUGCACCUGCUAACAGAAAGAAUCUAUUCUUGCCGUUGUCACUGUCAUGUCAGUGUCAACCAACGAGAUAAACGAGAUCAUAAAAAUCUGUAACACGAUUGAGGACAGUUCAUUUUGGGCACGAAUUACGAAAUCGAAAUUAGUUUUAAUAGGAAUUUAUUUUAAUAUUACAGACACCAUGUCUAGGCUCGGUGCAUUGCAUUUAACUCAACACACCGGACCCAAACAUACUGCUACAGUGAUAUUCUUUCAUGGUUCAGGGUCAUCAGGAGCCGAUAUGAAAGAGUGGGUAAGACUUAUGGUAAAAUCAUUUUCGUUUCCACACAUAAAAGUUAUGUAUCCAACGGCACCUGCACAGCCUUACACCCCAGCUGGGGGACAAAUAAGCAACGUUUGGCUAGAUAGAGCAGGCAUCAGCCCGAAUGUGCCUGAAAUCUUAGAUUCUAUUGCAAAUAUUGAGGUGGAGGUAAAGAAUCUAAUAAAAAAAGAACAUGACUCGGGAAUACCUAGUAACAGAAUUGUAGUUGGUGGCUUUUCGAGGAGGACACUGUCAUUACAUACAGCAUACAGAUGGGAUCGCAACUUAGCUGGAGCAUUUGUAUUCAGUUCUUUCCUGAAUUCUAAUUCGAUAGUCUACAAUGAACUCAAAAAUUUAUCAGGAGUGCGAUUGCCACCAUUACUUCAACUCCAUGGCAACAUUGAUGAGCUGGUCGUGAGCUGGGGCCAGGAUACCUUUAAUGUUAUGAAGAGUCUUGGUGUGGAAGGAGAUUUUCACAUAUUGGACAGACUAGGACACUCAAUAAACAAACGAGGGAUGAUCUUGAUUAAAGACUGGAUUGAAAAACAUUUACCUGAAAUAUGA